AUGCGCUGCCUUUUCAGGGUGUUUAGCGUUGUCGCCGAGACUAUUUAUCCCACUGUCUUGGCGUUGUUGAUGGCAUACAAGAGUUUGACUGUCCUCAAUUCAAACAAUACAGUAUUUCUAUAA